AGAAGUCUUUGGGGUACAUUCAUGUAUUAUUUUUCGGCAACAUAACUUCGAAACAAAACAGGUGUACAAAUUUUAGCUUAACGUCCUUAUUUAUACAUGUAAUAAAACAGUGCAGUGAAUCGAGAUAUUAAAAUGUCCCACAAAUCUUGUGUAGAAUUAAGCGAAAUCCGAAAAUUGGAUAAGAUAGUGCAACAGUGUGAGCUGUACAUGUCCAAUAACAAUAUCAACGAUACCGCAAAAAAGCCGCCUUUGAAAGAGUUUAAAAGAAAUUGUGUAACAAAGUCCAAUAAAUUUGUUGAAAGAGAACUCUUUUCCCUCAUGUGCAACCUAAACAAAACUGAAAAGAAACAAGUUUUUGUUUCAGAUAUUUUGAUAAACGCCAGUAUGUUCGAUGAUAAAAAGGAGAGCUUAGCAAGAUUCCCGAAGAACGUGGCAGAGCACGGCACCCUCGUCUAUCAUAAAUUCCUGCGGGCCAGUGACAGUAGCGUUUCCAUUGAUCUUAAAAUAAAAUCGAAUGCUGAAGGGAAAUAUGAGCACAGCGAAAGGAACAUAGCCGACUGCUACUUUUCGCCUCUGCUGCUAAGAAUUAAUAAUAAAAAAGAAUGUUUGAAGAGAGUCAAAGCAAAUAGAAGUGAACCCCAUCUGGAACCAUCUGCAAUCACUACGAAGUCGACCCAAUCCAAAAGUCACAACCAUAAAAAAACGAUCAAAAAAUGUGUGAAGUGUGACAAAAAGAAACUGUAUUUUCGGUAUCAGAGUUCGGAAAGAGAAUGCGAAUCGUUUUGCUCGUAUAAAAAUAAUAAUGAUAUCUAUCGAAAUCACAAGGGCAGCAACAGCUCCUAUGAAUGCAUGCUUAAGAAUAUCAAGUACAACCCGAUUGAAAAAACAGUUGAGAACGGAUUGGUCGAUCAUUUCGACGAUGUUCUGGACAAAGAAGCUCUGCUCGGAUCCAAGAGUGAACCAAAGAUGCAAGAACCCAUUGAGACGAUUAUUUCUUUGCGAGGAAACAUAUUACACGACCAGAAGCUGCAAAACAACAAAUACCAUAAAUGGACUCUAUUGCACUACUCGCCAUUCAAAGCUGUAUGGGAUUGGAUAAUAUUAAUACUUGUUAUGUAUACUGCUAUAUUUACGCCUUAUGUUGCUGCAUUUCUGCUGGGUGAAAAAGAUUACCAGAGAAGAAAUAACAAAUAUGUAAACUCGGAUCCCAUUGUCAUAAUAGAUUUAAUCGUGGACGUUACAUUUAUCGUCGACAUUCUUAUUAACUUUCGAACUACCUUUGUAAACGGUCAGGAUGAAGUGGUAUCCCAUCCAGGGCGUAUAGCAGUUCACUAUUUGAGCGGAUGGUUUCUUAUUGAUUUGGUGGCAGCGGUUCCCUUUGACUUGCUAUUAGUUGGAGACGAUACCGAUGAGGUAAGCGAUGAGACAACUACCUUGAUCGGACUCCUAAAAACAGCUCGACUCUUAAGAUUGGUUCGUGUGGCGCGGAAAAUUGACCGUUACUCGGAAUACGGUGCCGCUGUACUUAUAUUGCUAAUGGCCACGUUUAUUUUGAUUGCUCAUUGGCUUGCCUGCAUUUGGUACGCAAUUGGAAAUGCAGAAAAAUCGAUGGCUACGAAAAACAUAGGCUGGUUGCAUUCCCUAUCCUUUGAUAUUCAAGAGCCUUAUUUUGAGAACAAAACUGGUGGACCUUCAAUAAAGUCACGAUAUAUUACAGCUUUGUAUUUCACAUUUACAUCACUCACUUCUGUUGGAUUUGGAAAUGUUGCACCCAACACGGAUGCCGAAAAAGCAUUUACAAUAUGUGUAAUGCUAGUUGGAUCUCUCAUGUAUGCAAGUAUAUUUGGAAACGUGUCGGCUAUAAUACAAAGACUUUACUCGGGAACAGCGAGGUAUCAUACUCAAAUGUUACGAGUUCGGGAAUUUAUACGCUUUCACCAGAUUCCAAAUCCUCUGAGACAGAGACUGGAGGAAUAUUUUCAACAUGCAUGGACAUACACCAAUGGAAUUGACAUGAACUCUCUGUUGAAAGGCUUUCCCGAGUGUCUCCAAGCAGAUAUUUGCUUGCAUUUGAAUAGAAAGCUAUUGACAACUUGUCCAGCCUUCUCAAACGCUAGCCCAGGCUGCUUAAGAGCUUUCUCUCUUAAAUUCAAAACAACUCAUGCGCCACCAGGAGACAUAUUAGUACACAGGGGAGAUGUUCUUACCUCUUUGUUUUUUAUAGCACGAGGCUCGAUUGAAAUUCAAAGAAACAGUAACAUGAUUGUCGUCUUAGGAAAAAAUGACAUAUUUGGCGAGAACCCAUGCAUUUACCCAACGCUUGGAAAAUCGAAUGGUGUCGUUAGAGCGCUAACCUAUUGCGACAUUCAUAAGAUACACAGAGAUGAUUUGCUCGACGUUCUGGAUCUGUAUCCCGAGUUUCUUGAAAGUUUUGUUAACAACCUGGUUCUAACAUACAAUAUGAGAGAUGACGAUAAUUGUGGUGUCGACAUUAAGCACCGCUACUUGAGAGCAAGGAAUUCAGAUAAUAUGAGGAGCUCAAGUGAUAUACCUUCCAUAAGAAUAGUUGGAUUACACUACAAAAAUCAUAAAGUAAAUACGUCUGUCCAUAAAGUGAAAACUGAAAACUCCCGAGAUCUUAAUAUUUUCAUCGAAAAUGAAAUUGCAAACUAUCAUUUGGAUCUAUUUGAAAAUAAUAAUUAAUUACAGAUACAUUCGAUUUAGCGGGCAUAAAUGCUUCAAGCACCUAGCAUCCAAAAGUUAAAUAAAAUGUAUUUUUAACCGGUACUUAAAGUGUAUGUAUAGGGUCAUAUUUGAUCGUGUCGGUCUCUCUGUAUCACACACCAGUGUGCACCCCUGAGGAGUGAGCGCUAAAUAAUAGCCGGAUGGGAAUUCAUUGGUGGAACGAGAUAGAGCGAAAGAUGUGACGGAAUGUGCGAUAUGGAAAGAGGAUAGGGGGAGUGUUUGGAAUAUACUUAUACUCUAUGCGUUACAUACAUCAUAAGAUUACAUAUAUGUACAUAUGUACUACAUAUGUAUACUGAAGGAGUAUCGGGUAUUCCAGUGCACAAGCACGUGUGCGGUUACUCACGUUACGACUAAUUUAAUGUGUAAAAAUGUGCUUUAUCCUAGAAAAAAUCAUUGAAAUAACUUCCAAGAUGUUCAGCAAGGAUGCACCAGUGAAAAGGCCGAUUACACCGCCAAUGGCAACUGGAAAUAAAAAAUGUAUUAUAAAAUGAGAAUACUACAUAGAUCCAAGAAUAAUUUAAAAAACCAAUCUACCAACUAAAUCCAGUUUUGUUUGAGUGACUGUUCUGAAAUAUUUGGCUGUUGGCGGUGAUGUUAUUUCGAUUUCGACCAUGUGUGAAUCUCCAUAUUCGUUAUAAUUUUUUUCUCGAGACCUAAGAUUGACCUAUAAAUAGCGCAAUCCGUUUUUAACUAAAUGUGUAUACUUACCCAACGUAGCUUAUCUGCUGUUCCAUGCAGGACGGCAAGCAUGCCAUAUUCGAACCCACAUGACUCUUUACUCUUGCUGCUAGAUUUUCUG